CAGCGGGAUAAGUGAUGAGAUGUGUGAACUAAAGCAAGUGAAGCACUCUAUUAGGCAGCCCCUUGCCUGCAGGCCACCAGACGACUCCACUAGCCAUAGUGGUAAGCAGUGGAGAGAAAAGUCACAGAGGCGAUGCUGGUGUCCAGGCAGCCUGAUCUAAUUUGGGUUCCAUGGAUUUCAGCUACUAUUUACAGUAGCUCUUCAGUGAGUGACAGCUGCUACCGAAACCUGGCAGAGGAUCGCAGCGGCGUCAACCUCAAAGAUCUCGUCCAUGAUCCGUCCCUGUUGGGUGGUAUGAUUGUGGCAUACAAGAUAGUGCCAGAUGAAAUAGAUGAAAUAAAGGAAACUUUGGUGGACUGGUGUGAUGAAAAGGAGCUUAACCUCAUUUUAACCACCGGAGGUACCGGCUUUGCUCCGAGAGACGUCACACCAGAGGCCACUAAGGAGGUGAUCGAGCGUGAGGCUCCGGGGAUGUCGCUGGCGAUGUUGAUGGGAUCUCUCAACGUCACACCACUAGGCAUGCUCUCCAGACCUGUAUGCGGAAUACGAGGGAAGACACUAAUCAUUAACCUACCAGGAAGCAAGAAAGGCUCCCAGGAAUGCUUCCAGUUCAUCCUACCGGCGCUGCCGCACGCCAUCGACCUUCUGCGUGACGCCGUGGUGAAGGUUAAGGAGGCGGCGGACGAGCUGGAGGACCUGCCAUCGCCGCCGCCGCCUCUCUCGCCGCCGCCCAACAGUUCGCCACGGCGUCAGACGGAGGACAAGGGCGUGCAGUGCGAGGAUGACGAUGAGGAGAAAAAGGACAGCGGCGUGGCAUCUACGGAGGACAGCUCCUCCUCUCAUAUCACUGCAGCAUCCAUUGCUGCCAAGAUCCCGGACUCUAUUAUCUCACGGGGUGUACAAGUGUUACCCAGGGACACGGCCUCUCUCAGCACCACGCCCUCGGAGUCGCCCCGCGCACAGGCCACCUCGCGCCUCUCGACCGCUUCCUGUCCCACACCUAAAGCGCGGCUCCCCUCUUGUUCAUCCACCCUAAGCAUUGCUGAGGCCUCACGGAGAGAAUUCAGGGCUCACCUGGAUGAGGUCAUCACGCUCAAGUCAAGGUACUCUACCUUGGACCAGCUCCAGUGUAGGUUGGAGGGGCUUAAAGAUGAUCGCAGGAGGACCUUCAGCUCUCGAGUGCAGUCACGAUGCAGCAGCAAAGAGAAUAUCCUAAGAUCAAGUCACAGUGCUGUGGACAUUACCAAGGUGGCCCGGAGACACCGCAUGUCCCCUUUCCCCCUCACCUCUAUGGACAAGGCCUUCAUCACUGUGCUAGAGAUGACCGCCGUCCUGAGUACUGAGAUCAUCAACUACAGAGAUGGGAUGGGUCGAGUCCUAGCUCAGGACGUUUAUGCCAAAGACAACCUGCCACCUUUCCCUGCCUCUGUCAAGGACGGCUAUGCUGUGAGAGCCGCCGACGGACCGGGUGACCGCUUCAUUAUUGGCGAGUCCCAAGCAGGCGAGCAGCCCACCCAUACCGUGAUGCCUGGCCAGGUGAUGAGGGUGACAACUGGCGCUCCCAUUCCCUGCGGGGCUGACGCUGUCGUUCAGGUGGAAGACACUGAGCUCCUCCGCGAGUCCGAAGAUUUUGUCUUUCAGGGCACCGAGGAACUGGAAGUACGAAUUCUAGUCCAGGCUCGACCAGGCCAGGACAUCAGGCCGAUCGGUCAUGACAUCAAGCGUGGCGAAUGUGUGCUUGCCAAGGGCACCCAUAUGGGUCCCUCUGAGAUCGGCCUUCUGGCCACUGUGGGAGUCACAGAGGUGGAGGUGCAGAAAUUCCCUGUAGUGGCGGUCAUGUCGACAGGAAAUGAGCUGCUGAACCCAGAGGAUGACCUCCAUCCUGGGAAGAUCAGGGACAGCAAUCGCUCCACCCUGCUGGCCACCAUCCAGGAGCACGGUUAUCCAACCAUCAAUCUGGGCAUUGUGGGAGACAACCCCGAUGACCUUCUCAAUGCUCUGAAUGAAGGCAUCAGCCGUGCUGAUGUCAUUAUCACCUCAGGCGGAGUAUCCAUGGGGGAGAAGGACUACCUAAAGCAGGUGUUGGAUAUCGAUCUUCAUGCUCAGAUCCAUUUUGGUCGGGUCUUCAUGAAACCAGGGCUCCCAACUACCUUUGCCACGCUGGAUAUCGACGGUGCUCGUAAACUUAUUUUUGCCCUCCCAGGUAGAAACCCCGUAUCUGCUGUCGUUACUUGUAAUCUUUUUGUCAUCCCUGCCUUGAGGAAGAUGCAGGGUAUUUUGGACCCAAGGCCCACUAUCAUCAAAGCAAGGUUAUCCUGUGAUGUAAAACUGGAUCCUCGCCCUGAAUACCACCGCUGCAUCCUGACAUGGCAUCACCAGGAGCCUCUGCCGUGGGCACAGAGCACAGGGAACCAGGUGAGCAGCAGACUGAUGAGCAUGCGCAGUGCCAACGGGCUCCUGAUGCUACCUCCCAAAACAGAGCAAUACGUGGAGCUGCACAAAGGCGAGGUGGUGGACGUCAUGGUCAUCGGCCGGCUAUGAUGUCAUGACCGUGGGGGCGGAGGGUCGCCGUCAUUUCUAGCGAGGGUCGUAACGGGCGGUUCACGGUGCAUGUCCACAUAUCAUUGACUAUUCUGUAAUAUGCAACGGCACAGCUAGUUUUUCUUGAUUUGAAGAACAUUGAGGUAUAGUCGACAUCUCGAUCACAGCCUAGAUAUACUGUAUAAGAAAACAUUGAUUUAAGAAGAUUAUAGUAUUUCAAAGAAAGAAAAAUAUAACUUUUAAUGGACAAAAAUCUAAUUAUAAAAAGAGAUUUAUUCUGUAAUAUAUUAUUAUGAUUAUUCUUCUUAUUAUUAUGAUUAUUCUUCUUAUCAUUAUUAUAUUAAGGCAACUUUGUUCCUUUCAUUGCAAUUGCUUUGUGUGUUCAAUGCUAGACCUUAUCUAUAGCAGUAGCAUUUUAAUAGACAGCUGUAGGUGCCUGCCAGGACAAAAAAAAGAUUAUUAUUAUUUUCUCAUGUUUUUUAUUUUCAUUUUUAAAUGAAGAAAAUUUUUGAGGAAGACUCCAGAUUUCCCAUGGUGCUGCAGUUAGGAGGAAAAGGGGGACACAUCGAGGUCCUUUUCUCUUUUGAGCACCCAUCAAGGUGACACUUUUUCUCUCAUUAGUAUGCAUCAUAUUGGCUUCACAAAAAGCUUUGCUUGUCGUUUAUCUUGUGAGUCUUGUUUAUGUGCGCGGUGCCAAAUGCCUGGACGGGGAAGGGAGAGAGGGGGUAGGGUGUUGGGCGCUGAAGCUUCCUUAAUUUCGCCAUGACCUGGUGGAAUAUUUGCUCCAAACCCGCCCACCGCCCAACCCUAACCCCCAUUCCUAGGGAAAAGCUUGGGGGGGAAAUAUAUUUUAUUUGAGCAACUAUUUAAGAAAAAAAGCAAGAGAAGAAGCAGCUUCUUUAAUUGCUGACGGCCUUUUUAACCGACUUCACACAAUUGUACAGAUUGAAGAAAAAAAUAGAACCAUAUUGUACAGAUAUGUGACCAGCACUCCUAAGGAAGUUAUUAUUAAGCAAUGAGGAGACAUUGAACAACGCUGUACUAUAAACGUUUUCUGUAAUGAUGCUGAAACUGAUGAAAGAGACUACGAUAAUAAAAAUCCUUGAUCAUUAUGUAAAAAAAAGAACAAAAACAAAGGUUAUUGUUGGGUUUCCUUUUUUAAUAAAUUAUAUCUAAACAACUACAAAAGAACUACAUUUCUUUCUCUGCAUAGGAAAAAGGGAACUUCGUGAUAAAGGAUCGGGUGUUACAAAAUUUUAAAUCUGAGACAGUUUUUGAUUGCUUUCUAUUUGUGUGGCACCAAUACGUACAUCGGAAGUGAUAUCAAAACACAUAAUUGUCAGUAUCUGUGUACCCAAAUCUUGACCGAUGUUUACAUCUCUGGCAGUUAUUGCCGUGUUGUGGUGUGGAACCCAUUCAAACUACAUGACCAUAAUUAUAGGUCAUGCCUCAUGUUUGUUUGUGUCAGGGGAAAUCCCCAGUUUAGCAGCCAAAUCCUCACUCUGCUGUGUGUUUAUCCAGAAAAAGAAAAGUUGAAAAAGAUGCACCGGCGCUGGAAGUCACUCACAUCAGGGGUACUGAGGAUCUUAUUUUGUUUCUCCCAUCUAAAAACAGCCGUUUCGGUCCAAAUUUGUCAUGCACGGGCCUUUUCUCCAUACAAGGCGUGCACAUUGGCAGUACACACGCAUGCUGGAUAGUUUACGUACUCCUAGGCUACUACAAAGACAGCGUCCUAUUUCAUUUACAGUGUGUGUUGGAGUUUUUGUAUUGGGAAUAAAAGCGUCCGUGCAUUAUAAUGCAAAUCCCCACAGCUAGAUAGCACAAUGACACUCAAACACAUUUGAAAACUAAAAGGUCCAUUAAGCCUCAGUUUAACACCCACUUUUCACAACACUCAAAUAAAUUGCACACGAAUAUCCAACAGCGCUUUGCACGGCGGCAACUCAACAGCAAAAACAACAAAAAAUAUGGCUACAAUGCAAGCUAUUUGAAAUUCUCCACGGUCUAAAUCUGCAGCUAAUUUUUCCUCGCUGGGCACCAUUAUAAAAUAUCAUAAUCAUCUUCAUUUUCAACCUUGAAUUUUAGAAAAUUUUGCUGUUUUUGUAAAGAAAAAAAACACUAAUUCGUUUUUGCGCCAUGAUAACUCCUCCUCCAUCAACAGUUAUCAGCUAGCAAUAGCCAGAGGCGUAGCAAGGGUGCACGGGGGCCCCAGGCAACAAGCAACAUGGGGCCUUUCUGAGUCACGUGACACACAUACAUACUGGCGCAGUAUAAUGAACACAAAGGUGGGGGGCUGCGAGUGCGCGCUGCGUGCACGUGCGGUCAUCUUGGCCAUAAAAGUGGCGAAAACUAAACACUUUACACUGACUCAUAUGGGUGUACUUACAUUCGUUCAUGGACGCACACAUUUUAACAGCUGGCCGUCCUCUGCUCGAAAUGCGCACCUUACGCCUAUUCUCGCUCCCAGAAUACGCAGCGCAUGUGACGUAAGACAAUAACAGGACUGGUUGCUAUGGGAACGUCCGCAUACCCAAGGAACCUUGCUAAAAGGAGUAUUAAAAUUGCUAAUAAAAUCGUUUAGGAUUAUUUUAGAUGCAUUUUUCUUAUGGAGUAUUCGAUGAGGAAUACGAUAGAUCCAUUAGUAGGCUUUUUUGGAAAAUUCACCAUUUUAGUCACAUGAAUAAUGAGGUGGCCUGUGAAAAUCAACUUAAAACAACUCGGCAAAUUUUCCAGAGAGUACUUGGUGAGUGACUCUUUAAACAAUCAUGUGGUAUUAAUAGCUGAUUGGACUUUGUUAAACAUAUAUAAUUUACGUGACAUGGUUAGUACUGAUUGGGAUUGAUAACAUAAUCGUUAGAUAAUCUGCCAAAUGAUUCCAUGGUAUUGAAACACUCCCUACACUUGUCGCUGUGACAGUGCAGUAAAGCUGCAUGUGCUACAUCUGUUGGCCCUCUGGGGGCCCCGGCUGGCUGUACCUGGUAGCAACAUAUACAGUAUAUUUAAUCCCUAAAGUUAAAUACACUAUUGUUUCACUGUUUUAUUUGUUUAUUUAUUUUUACAAAAAAAAAAAAAAAAAAGAAUGUACCAACUUUUUUUCGCCACAACAACAGGGGGUGCUGCAGCACCCUCAGCACCCCACUUCCCGCACCACUGAAAAGAUGGAUCUCCAAGAGAGGAGCUAAAACAAAUGCAACAUGUUUCUUUUCAAGAAGCA